GCUCUGAGUCUGGACCAUUGGAAUUGUGGGUGUCUGCGGGCGGGCGGAGUUUGUUCCUGGCUCUGUGAGGCGCAGCGUGAGAUGCUAAAGUGCCACCAAGGACAGUGAUGUUGGCAGAUGGAGGAUGGUCAUCUACCUUAACACCAAAGACCCUAAACAGACAUUUCAAGAUGCUGUGCCCUUGCCCAUGUCUGAGCUUGUCCACACUUCUAUCCUGAUGUCCUUAUGUGGGUGAAGAGGAUCCCAACCUGGAGCCUGGAGCCAACACAGAAAGGCCUGUGGUCCUCACCACCUGUACAGCAGUGAAGGUCGCCAGUGUCACCCUGUGGACCCACCACACCCAGUUGAAGGAGGCUCCAGGAGAUAACAGAGAUGGGUUGUCACCAGGGUCUGUUAACUUUCAACGAUGUGGCCAUAGAAUUCUCCCAGGAGGAGUGGGAAUGUCUGGACUCUGCUCAGCGGACUCUGUAUAGAGAUGUCAUGUUGGAGAUCUACAGCAUCCUGGUCUCUGUGGGCCUUUCAGUAUCAAAAUCAGAGCUACUUACCUGUCUUGGACAAAAUGAAGAACCCUCCAUUGCAGGCAUAAAGGAGUUAAAAGCUUUGUCUUGCUUUCAUAACAAGGAAUUGUUCAAAAUAGAGAGCAAACAAGAAUCUGUCCAGAGAGAAGGAUCAGGACAAUUUGGAAGUAACAGCCUCAGAGAGUUACACGUAAAUCUACCUUUUGACAGGGACUGCAGUGUAGAUCAACAUAAGACUGUGUGUGUGAAUCCCUUAGGACAUGUAAGACAUCAUCGGAUGGAUACUUCUGAAAACCCCCAGAGAUAUCAUGAAGAUAAUGAAGGCCUUACUACAAACUUUGCACUGCAUAGUAACCACAACAAUCAGUUUACAGAGUGUGCUUUCCAAGGUAAUGACUCAUGGGAUACCUAUAAACAUGACGUAACUCCUAGUGAUGGUCAGAUAAGUAAUUGUUUUCUGGAGAAUUGUUACAAUAAUGAUAGAUGUAGGCAUGUCUCUGGUCAGUGCACACAGUCACCUUUGCAUCAGCAGGACUAUAGCCAAGAGAAGCUGUCCACAAGCAAUCAGCAGGAUAAAAUUUUAAAUGAGUCCUCAAAUUGUAGUCAGUGCACUAAAAUUAGGGCUAGAGGAGAAUUUAACAGACGGAGAUCUGAUAAGUACAGCAAAGUCUCAGUUGAGUCAUCAAGAAUUGAUAGGGAUAAGGUAAAUGAUUUUGGAGGAAAACCAUGCCUGUUUAUGGGAAGUGAUAAAUCCUUCAAUUUCCAUUUAAAUAUGACUCAAAAUGACUCAAGACACACUAGGGAGAAACCUCAGAAAAACAAAAUAUAUAGACUGGAGUUUAUUCCUCCUUCGAAACCUGUUGGACAUCCAAGAUUCUUAGUUCAACAAAAAUAUAAGAAAUCUGGGAAAUGCUCCAGGAGUUCCUCAACCCUCACUAGACUUAAGAUGCUUCAAACUGGAGAGACAACAUGCAAAUUUACAGACUGUGGAAAGUCCUUUUCUCAGUUCUCAGGCCACAGAGAGAAUUACACUAUCCAUACUGGAGAAAAACCAUAUAAAUGUAAAAUAUGUAAAAGGUCUUAUACCACAGGUUCAUAUCUGCAAGCUCAUCAGAGAAUACACACUGGAGAGAAACCAUACAAAUGUAAAGAAUGUGGCAAGUCCUUUACUCAUGGCUACUCUCUUCAAAUUCAUCACAGGUUUCAUACUGGAGAGAAACCUUACAAAUGUACAGAUUGUGGCAGGUCUUUUGCCGAGGGCUCAUCUCUUAAAUACCACCACAGAAUCCAUACUGGAGAGAAACCCUACAAAUGUAAAGAAUGUGGGAAGUCCUUUGCCAGACGGUCAAAUUUUGAAGCCCAUAGCAGAAUUCAUACUGGAGAUAGACCUUACAAAUGUACAGAUUGUGGCAAGUCCUUUACCAGGAGCUCCUGUCUUAGAAAACAUCACAAAACCCAUACUGGAGAGAAAGCUUAUAAAUGUGAAGAAUGUGGAAAGGCUUUUACCCAGGGUUCAACUCUUAAGACCCACUACAGAAUCCAUACUGGAGAGAAACCUUAUAAAUGUAAUGAAUGUGGCAAGUCUUUUGCUGAGGGCUCAACUCUUAAAACCCACCACAAAAUCCAUACUGGAGAGAAACCUUAUAAAUGUAAAGAAUGUGGGAAGUCUUUUGCUGAGGCCUCAACUCUUAAAACCCACCACAGAAUCCAUACUGGAGAGAAACCUUACAAAUGUAAAGAAUGUGGGAAGUCUUUUACCAUGGCCUCAGGUCUUCAAAUUCAUCACAGAAUCCACACUGGAGAGAAACCUUACAAAUGCACAGAUUGUGGCAGGUCCUUUACCCAGAGCUCACAUCUUCAAAGCCACUGCAGAAUUCAUACAGGAGAGAAACCUUACAAAUGCAAAGAAUGUGGCAAGUCUUUUGCUGAGGGCUCAUCUCUCCAAAAACAUCGCAGAAUCCAUUCAUGAGAGAAUCUUUAGAGAUGUAAAGAAUGUUCAAAAUCCAUUAACUGGUUCUCAAAUCUUACAGAUCAUCCUGAAAUGCAUACUGGAAACAAAGUUUACAAAUGUAAAGAAUGUUUAAAAUCCAUUACCACAGGCUGUAAAUUUAGAACACAUUAUAAAAUUUAAGCAUAAGACAAAAGUAAGGGUAAUUACUGACACACUGUUCACCCAAGAAGUAUGUUUUUUUAAUAUGAAGAAUGGAUGGAAGCCUUUAACCACUCACUGUUCAACUCUUUAAUAUUAGAGUCACACCAGUUAGCCUUAUGCUGGUAUAAAUUUGAAAACAUUUUACCCAGUGUGGGGAUUUGAAUAUGCUUGGCCAAGGGAGUGUCACUAUUACAUGUGGCCUUGUUCUAGUAGGUGUGGCUUUGCUGGAGGAAGUAUGUCACUGUGGGGGUGGGAUUUGAGGCCCUCCUACUAGUCACAGAGCCAGUUUUCUACUGUUUUCCUUUCUGAACAAGAUGUAGAACUCUCAGCUUCUCCUGUGCCAUGCCUGCCUGGAUGCUGCCAUGCUUUCUUCCUUGAUGGUUAUGGCCUGAACCCUCUGAACCUCUAAGCCAGCUUUAAGUGUUAUCCUUCAUAAGAGUUACCUUGAUCAUGCUGGAAUCUCUUCACAGCAGUGGAAACUCUAACUGAGACACCCCAAAAUGCAUCUUAUAUUCACUCUGGUGGUUUGACUGAAAAUAGCAUGCACAGACAUAUAAGGAGUGACAUUAUUAGAUGGUGUGGCCUUGUUGGAGUAGGUGAGGUUUUCUUGGAAGAAGCAUGUCACUGGGUUGGACCUUGAGGUUUCAGAUGCUCAAAUGAGGCCCACUGUCACUCUUUUCUCCUGCUGCCUGCUGAUCCAAAUGUAGAAAUCUCAGCUACCUCUCUAGCACCAUGUCUACCUGCAUGCCAUUAUACUUCCCUCUAUAAAGACAAUUUACAAAACCUCUGAAUCUCUAAGUCAGCCCAAAUAAGAUAUUUUUCUUUAUAGGAGUUACUGUAGUUAUGAUGACUCUCCACUGCAAAAGAAACCCUAACUAAUAUAUUCACUAAGCAAUUUCUUUGAAAAUGAACUACAUAUGUACUAAUAUUUCAUACAGAAUUAUUCUGAAAUCAAUUAGUUAUGUUGGAGUUAUGUUCAUUUACUGCUGUCUUGGGAUAAUGAAUGUCUAUUUUAUACUGUAAAUGUAUCAUUAAUGUUAGCCAUUCCAUGGGUGAUAAUUCCAACAAAACCAUCUCAUAAAAUUGCAGUGGGGAAUUAUGGGCUUUUUAUGGAUGUGGAACAAAGAAUGUGGAAGGUAAAAGUGGAUGUUACAACACAAGUGAUCUGAUAGUGGAAUUGUAAACAAUUCCUGCAGGAAAUGAAUACAGAAGGAGGAGGAAGGAAGGUAAUGUAAUAGGAAGAGAACUGGUGUUAGUUUCAGGAAGCCCUCCUAAGAAUCAGCAAAGAAGCAGAGUUGGUGAGAGAACUUCCUCCUUGGGUCUGGGCAGUGGUAAGCACUACAUUUGUUGAGUCUUAUAACAUGCUCUUGAAGUUUGUGUGAAACAUAAACUCUAAAUGAGACAGCUUGUGAACAGAAGUGGAAGGGAUAUACCCAUUACGGAAGUUACACAUACCUUGACAGUAAAUACCAGCUCUAAUUAGACUUAAGACCUACUCAACCACAGGGGAAACAUGCCUCGUACUAAAAACCUAGCUAACUACUCAGUGGUAGUGAAGUUAUGAUUAUUGAAGGAGACUACAAGCAUUAGUUUAUUGAACCAGAAACAUCCUUGCAAACAUGUGUAAACAUUUGUCUUUAUACCUACAAAUAAGUAUAGUUUUCACCCCUCAUCAAAAAACUACUGUUUGCAACAUGUAGAGACCACUGCAGAAAAGCACAACCAGUCAGCACGCAGAGCUGUGAAACCAAGUAUCAAUGAUACAUGUAUCUUACACUUGUAUAUCAAAGGCUUAGAGACCAUUUCAGAAGAGGGAACAGAGAGAAUAAGAGCCAGAGGAUCAGGGAGUUUGUACUGACAUUAUGUUUUCUAACAACAUCAAAAACUAUACCCAUAGAGUGUUAUCAACAUGUUCACCAAGGAUGAGCCGAAUAAGGACACCAGUGGACAGGGAAAAGACAAAGAGGUCUUAAGUUUAUAUAAAUCACUAUAAGUAACCGAAGAAAUGUCCAUGCUCAAUAAAGUUUUUCUCUGAGAUUCUUUAGGAACAUUAUCUUUUCUCAUACAAUAUAAGUUUUCAAAUAGUUAAUGUAGAUUACUGAUAGUAGAACAAGAUCUCUAGUUAACAGACAUUUCCUUAACACAGUAAAUGACUCAUCUGACAUCCACAAUGGGAAACUUCUUUUUCAUGUCAGGGUCAAUCACCUUUCAAAAAUGUGGACAUAGACCUCUCCUAAGAGAAGUAACAAUUCCUGGACUCUGCUCAGAGGGCUUUGUACAGGAUCCCAUGUUGGAGAACUACAGCAAACUGGUCUCUGUGAGUGAGGAUAUAUUUCCAUCAUGAUUCCCACUGCAUCCUAGGGAUGUUUUUCAGUUGGUAUUAUAUUUGCAAUAGGCUUGUGUCUAUUCACAGCUCCCAGUUUUUCUUAUAUAGUGGUAUCUUAUAUAUAGCAAAUAUUUUAUAUUACUAUAUAUUGUCCUGUUAUUUAGCCCAGUACUAAAUAUACUAAAAAGUACAAAAGAUACUACUUUUGCAGUUAUUCAGUAGCAGUAAUAUAUUAAUCCAGUUUAAUUUCCAUAGUUGGAUUUUUUGUCAUGAGGUAAUUUAAAGACAACUAAAUGAACAAAGAAGUUUAAAAGUAUUGGUUUCUGAGGUCUAAAACAUCUGACAAGAAGUGAUAAUUAGGAAGUCAUUAAUGUAUUUUCUAUUUCUGUUAUCCACUGGGUACAAUUCUAUGUUAAAAAGACAACAACAUUCAAUAUAAUGCAAAGAGUCUGAGGUUUCUUCUAAUGCAGAGACUUUUCUGUAUUGAAACCAGAGUUAGUCAUCUGUCUUGAAUAAUACAAGCAAUUGGAUUGUGGACAUAAAGGAAGCAGAGGGCACUGAAACAGGUAAGUGGGAAGAAAUCAAUGUUUAAUGUAACCAGUCUAAAGCAAAAGAAUCUAGGCAAGUGGUGAGGUUUAAUCUAUGUAUUUGCUAGCUUAGAAAGAUCUUUUCACUUAGAAUCAUAUAAUCAGGUUGUACUGUAGUACCCUAUGGUGUAAAAGAUUUUUGCCUUAUUUUAUCUGAAUAGUAUUAAAUUGAUACAUUGGAGUAGCAGUCUGACAAUUUGUGUGUAGAUUAUUAGUUAUUAUGUGUUAAACUACAAGUUUGCAUUUGUUUUAUACCAAUACUAAAUGGAUUUGUUCUUCAACACUUUUAUUUAUUAAGAAUUUUAUUGUAUAUUUUAACAUAUUCAUCCUUCUAGAUUUUCUUAAGCAACCUUUUCUCAGAUGUGAGUUUAUGUUCUUCAUCUCGUAAAAAACAAUUAAAAAUUAUUUU